AUGUGUUGUUCCAUUGCGUAUUGUCAAACUUUCCAGGUUGAAUUUUGCGGUUUAGAACCAGUAAUCCAAGUAAUCCCAUGAAUAUGAGGUAAAGAGAUUAGUUGGUUAGGAAGGAAUUCCAGCAAUAUUAGCAAUGAGGUGAUGAGAUUAGGUUUGUUUUCGUUAGGGAUUAGAGGAAUGGGAGAGGUAAGUGUUUUGAUGAAAAUAAUAGUGCGGUUUUAAUAGAAAAAGUAGUACGGUUUUGAUAAAAAGUAUUAGAAAAUAAAUAGAUUAAUAUAAUUAAAAAUUAAUUUUUUUGUUUAGCAAUAAUAUCAUAAUAUUUUUCUGGGAAAUUGCCACAAAUAGCACAUUUAUAGUACCACUUUUCAUGUUUACACUAACCACUUUUACCCUCACUUUUAAUGAAGGGUAAAAGACAAUUAUACCCUUAAUGUUAACUAAUCUAGAUUUAGGAUUUAGAGUUGAGAGAUGGGGUAGAGCUUUUGGAAUUUGAAAUUUAGGAUUCUAAUAAAUAUAUAAAUAAAUACUUAAAAAUAUAUACAAUUUUUUUAAAAAAUAGUUUCAAACAUAAUUUUCGUUUUUCAAAAAGAACUUUGAAAAAAAAAAAUCGAAAAACAACUUUCCAAAAAAAAAAUUAUAAAAAAUUCGAAUUUAUUUUUUAUUUUUUUAUUUUUUAUUUUUUAUU